CGCUAAAGCUAUUCCCAAAGAGGCCGAAUGUUGCAGUGUGGCAUAAGGGCAAGGGCAAGGACACAUGAUUUUAAAAUCUCUACCUCGCACAUAUAUGAGGUUAAAAAUAUGAGCAACCAAUAUGAGGCAUCCUAAGCAUUUUUCUAAAAAUAUAGUGUGCGGCUUUCCAACCUUUCCUUCAGGUUUAUACUUUUACCUCCUCUGGCUCAAAUUUAUCCCCUUUGUAAGAAUUCAUCGCCGGGGAGAUCUUCUUUUUAAAAAAAAGAAUGGGAUCGGGGAAGAGGCUCAUAAUAAUGGAAUAAUAACAAUAACAAUAGAUAUGGGGAAGCUAUGGGACAGAGCCGUCGGGGCUCUGAAGGACCAAAACAGCGCAUUGGUUGCGACCCUGUCGAGGAGGACGGCGCUGAGGAACCCGGAGGUGGAGGCGGCGGUGAUCCGCGCCACCAGCCACAACGCCGCCGCCUUCGAUUACGCGAGCGUCGAGAAGGUGUACGGGUGGAUCCGGGCGUCGCCCAACGUCUUUAAGCCUUUGGUCUGGUCGAUUUCCCGGCGGAUGGAGAAAACGAGGAAUUGGGUGGUGGCGCUCAAAGGCUUGAUGCUGAUGCACGGCGUUUUCUGCUCCAAGAUCCCCGCCGUCCGCCGGAUUGGCCGCUUGCCCUUCGACCUCUCCAAUUUCAGGGACGCCCGUUCCCAUUCCGGGAAGAUGUGGGCCCACAACGACUUCAUACGCGCUUAUUUUGCCUUCCUCGAUCACAAAUCCGCCCUACUCUUCCUACACCCAAAGGAACAAACAUUUACCUCGACGCCAAUAAUGCAAGCCCUAGAGACGUUACAAAAGAUGCAAGACUUGCUUGACAAGACGCUAAAGAUCAAGCCGCAUUCCCACGCCACUGUCGUGCCCCUCUUCAUUGAAGCCAUGGACUGCGUGGUGGUAGAGAUUUUCGAUCUCCACAUUCGCAUACGCAGUGUAAUUGCCAAAAUCCUACCCAAAAUCCGAUCUACAAGUAAGGUUGAGGCAGAAGUGGCGCUCAAAGUCACGUCUAGACUGAGGACCCAAACCCAAGAGCUCAAUGACCACUUCGAGUUGUGCUAUGAACUCGGAGUGACCAAUGCCUCAAAACCUUCUGCAGAGAAUGCAAUUAGCAAAGAUCAAAUUCAAGAGCUUGAGGACAUAGUCAACGGCGAUUGUUCCCCCGAUAAAACGGUUGUAAAGGAAGAGAUGUCAUUAGUUCCAGCGACAAAGGAGGGUGAUGGCGUGAGGAUAGUUAUGGAUCAUUGGGAGACGUUUGACGAAGAUGAUAAUUUUGCGGGAGAAUGCUAUCAUUUUCAUUCACAUCCUUCUCUAGCUCUUUGCAAUAAUAUUUUGCAACUUGAACAAUGUAAAGAAAAUCUCCCAGAUCCCAUAACGUUCGAUUAGCUAGUGAUAAUUCGUGUUGAGCUUAACUUGGGCGUGUUUUGAUGCAAUAUAAUAACAAGAGUAAAAGAAGGGAAUGUGAUAAAAUAUAGUAUUAGGUAGACCUGGAAAAACAGAACCAACACUGUUUAUUCGAACUGAAUUAUCUAAAACCGAAAUCGAAAUGAUCCAAAUAAUGAAGAUCUGAUCUAUAA